UCACUAAUCAUUCGUGUUCACCUAAUGCGGAAGCUUCAUUUCGUGGUUCGCGAUGCCUCCGAGUGAAAUCAUUAAAGCCUGUACAUUCCGGAGAGGAGGUUUUCCAAAGUUACAUCGAUGAGAAUCUUCCUUUAGUGGAACGGCAAUCUAAGCUCCGCCAGGCUUACGGCUUCGCAUGUCGCUGUGGGAGGUGCCGAACGGAGGCUCUGGCGGAGCUGAAUCG